AUGGAGAAGAUCAACCUGCCUCUGGGCCUGGCCACCGAGAAGGGGAUUCUCACAUGGGGGAACGUCUCGGCAACGACUAACGCAGUGCUCCGAUAUGGGCUCCGGCGCGCCACUACAUUUGCGCUAGAUGCCAAGGACAAGACAUUUGAGGCUGCACACUCAGUCGGAAUCAAGUUGGCCGAGGGCAAGUUUGGAGAAAUCGACGGGGCGGAUAUUACAAAUGUUGUCUCUGUCAUCCUCGGCUUAUACUUUGCCUACGUAUCUGGCUUGGUAUUCUACCGCUUAUAUCUGCACCCAUUGGCGAAGUUUCCCGGUUACAAGAUCUGCGCCGCUUGCGAGUGGUACGAGUUCUACUGCUAUAUUGUGAAGGGCGGACAAUGGGGAAACGAAGUCCGAAAGAUGCAUGAGAAAUAUGGCCCUAUUGUACGCACGAGCCCUUGGGAGCUUUCUGUCCGCGAUCCGGUAUUUUACGAGCAGCUAUAUGUUACUGCUGCAAAACGCAAGACGGAUAUGUGGCCCAGAGGUAGAGAAGGAAACGGAUUUGACGACUCGCAUCACUUGUCGGUUUCUCAUGACCUUCACCGUAUACGGAGAAAACAUUUGGAGCCAUUUUUUUCUCGCCAGGGCAUCACCCGCAUUGAGAACCGGAUCGCUGAGCUCGUCAUGAAAAUGGACGACAGAUUGGUGGGCCUCAAGGGAUCUGGUGCUAUUAUUCCAGUGGACACUAUGCUCUGUGCAUUGACCGGUGAUAUUAUUGGCCAAGUGUCCAGCGGUACGCAAGCUGGUCUGCUCGACGAUCCUGAUUUUACUCCUGCAUGGAAGGACCUUAUGAUCAAGUCCACCACUAUUGCGCCCCUAUUUCGAUGCUUUCCAUGGAUCAACAAGGCUCUGCAGUCCUUGCCUUCCUCAGUCAUGGCCAGCGUGUAUCCCAAGGGCAUCGCUAAUAUGAUGCUGGGCAAGACUGGCCAGCGAAAUAUCGAAAGGAUCAAGUCUGAAAUCGCCUCGUCCAAGAAAGAUUUGUCAGGCGUCUCCGUCUUCCACCACCUUCUUUCCUCCAACAUUCCCGAGACCGAGAAGUCUACAGACCGCCUGCGUGCUGAGUCAAUGAUCUUGUUGCUGGCUGGAACGCUUGCAGGCGCGCACACUCUGACAUUUGUUGUGUUUUACGUUCUUCAGAAUCCCCAGAUUGAGAAGCAGCUGAGAGCAGAGCUAGCGUCCGUGUUCAAGGACUAUCCAAACAAGAUGCCUCGUUGGACGGAGCUGGAGAACUUACCUUAUCUCAGAGGCACCCUAAAGGAGGCCCUGCGGCUGAACGGUCUCGUCGGAAACCUCGCUCGAUGCUCGCCGGACGAAGAUAUCCUAUUCCAUCAAUGGGUCAUCCCCAAGAAGACCCCGGUUGGCAUGUCUAUCUACGCUAUGCACUAUGACCCGAGCAUCUUCUCCGAGCCCUGGGCCUUUAAGCCCGAGCGCUGGAUCGGGAAGUACAACCCGCAAAUGGACCGCAACUUUGUUCCUUUUACUAAAGGCUCACGAAGUUGCCUUGGAAUCAACCUGGCCUGGGCAGAGAUGUACCUCGCCAUUGCAGUGCUAUUUCGCCCUGGCGGCCCCAAGCUUGUACUUCACGAUGCGGACGAGUCUGAUAUCAAGAUCGCCCGUGAUUAUAUUAUGGGCUUCCCGAAGGCGGAUGCAAAGGAUAUUUGUAUCAAAGUUAAAUGAACGCCCCGAUGCUACGAUUCGAAACUCUAUUGCGCACGAGUCUUUCGUUAGGUUAUUAGGUUAGG